GCGUGCUGGAGCAGCCGAAAACGAGGCUCGUUUUCGAUGCAGAGCGCUAAGGUUAUCUAACCGACGCCGCCGAGACCUUCAAAAGCGGUGACUGAGAAAUAAGCGCUGUACAUACGCGCAUACUAAAGCACCCCCACCGCUUCUCUCUGGGCGGGAACGGAUACGCUCUUCUACAAGCACGUGAUUUCGAGGGAGUCGCUACGACUGGAUCUUCUCGGGGCUCGCCGAGCGAGCCAUCUAUUCCCGCUUUGUUUCGUUUUGCUGCGGUAUUAUACGAGGCUGUUUUUGAACAGCCUGCGUACGCUCGGGGACCUGCUUACGCUUAAGCAACGAGUGAAGACGGAGAACUUCAGGAGUGCGCUGCGUACUGCCAUUAGGAGCUUCCUAUAUUGCCCGCCGCACGCGCAGGGCCGCCAUGUGUGACCGAGAUAGCGGCGGACAGCCGCUGAGGAUCCUGGACGUGGACGAGCGCUGCCUGGUGCUGGACGAGCAUGCACUAGCAAGCGUACUGCUGGCCGACCACGUCAAGGACAAGCCCGUGGUCGUGAUCGCGGUAGUCGGAACCUUCCGCAAGGGGAAGUCCUUCCUGCUAUGUUUCCUGCUCCGGUACCUGCGCAACCUGGGCCGGGCCGACUGGCUCGGUGAUCCGAACGCUCCGCUGCGGGGUUUCGAGUGGUGCGGAGGCAGCGACCGCAACACUAAGGGCAUCGUGAUCUGGAGCGAGGUUUUCUUGGUGAAGACAUCUCGGGGCGAGGAGCUGGCAGUGCUGCUGAUGGAUACCCAAGGGACCUUCGACUGCCAAUCCUCGAAUAAAAUACACCGCGACAUUUUUGCCCUCAGUGCUAUGAUAAGCUCAGUGCUCGUCUACAACGUCUCCCAGAACAUUCAGGAGGACGACCUGCAGCAUCUGCAAAAUUUCAUGGAAUAUGGCUUGCUGUGGAAGUCUGCUCAGCAGCAGCAACAAUCUACUUCUGCUGCGGAGGGGGAAGGGAGCAUGCGACCCUUCCAGAGUUUGUGGUUUCUGGUUCGAGACUGGAUGUCACCGCGUGAGAUGGAGUACGGCGCAGAGGGCGGCCGAAAGCUCCUGGACAAGCGGCUGACAAUCACGCCAGGGCAACACAAGGACCUGCGGCGGCUGCGCGAGAAGAUACGGAGCUGCUUCAAGGCGAUCCGCUGCUUUCUCUUGCCUUUCCCAGGCGAAAAGGUGGCGAUAACGUCUUCGUCUUGGGAAUUCGACGGCCGCCUGUCGGAUAUCGGCGACGCCUUCAAACAACACCUUGCGGAAUUCACGCAGUUGCUGUUAGAGCCAGGCAAUCUGCUGCCCAAGGAAAUCAAUGGACGCAGAAUAACGUGCCAGGAGCUGAUAACGUACUUUGGGGUCUACGUGAGGGCAACCAAGAGAGGCCGGUUACGCAAGCCCACAUCUAUGAUGGAGGUGACCGAGGUGGCAAGCAUCCGUGCAGCCAUGGAAAUUGCCUUCCAUUUCUACACGACCAGCAUGUUGAAAGUGUUGCAGCCUCCUGGCGGCGUAACUCGCGAGAUCAUGCAGGGUCAACACUACCGGCUCCGCGAGGAGGCGCUCGAGCGGUAUAGAGAGACGCCCAAGAUGGGCGGGGAGGAGCUGGAACUGCUCUAUUCGCAGAAGCUAGAAGAGAAAAUCGACACCGCUUUCGAAAUUUUCUGCUGCGAGUACCUGAAAGAAAAGAAGAGCAUGGUCUUCGACAGCGAGGUCUUCAAGGUUAUGCACGGCGUCGUGACCGCCGGUUUGGCGGCUGGAGCCAUCGCUUUGGCCGUGGUGGAGCUACCCAUUGUGGCCGGCCUGCUCGCGACGGUGGGCGCUGUGUCCCUGGCCGGACACAUUGUUCACGAGAUCGUGGAUCUGACCCUUGCCAAGCGCAAGAGAAUGGCGAGGCAGAACAACACAUCGACGGCUGCAGGAGCAGCCAACAGCAGCCAAACGUACGACGAUGACAGCGACGACGAUGACAGCGAUGACGAUGACAGCGAUGACGAGGAGACACCAGUAGCGAUGACAGAGGCGGCCAACGUUCAGGCGCUCGCUCGGGCACUCGAACAUUACAGUGUUGGCAUGGAGCAGGUGUGCGGCGAAUCGCUUCCCCGCCUCACUGAGGAAGGGCUGAAAAUCUACCACGACCGAAUGCGAGAGUCCGCUGAACAAGUGUUUGUCGAAGCCUGCUAUUCGGCCGGCAAGAGGGUGCUACGGCGCUUCAUAGUCAAGCUUGAAAGUGAGUUGGAGGAACAGUUCAAGAAUUUCACCAAUCAGAACCGAGAAAAAUAGGCCGUACGUGCCUUUAUCCGUUCCACACUGCCCUACCGCCCUGCCCCACUCACCAGCACGCACAACUCACCUGCAUCAAGACAGAACUCGACCAGAGGCUCCUUUCAGACGCGCGGGCAAAUGUCUGAUACUCAAGACUCAGCGGAGCCGAGACUAUAGAAUGCUCAAGCAAGCGUAUUCUGGUAAAAUAUAAACUGAUUUACCGGAUACCUCUGAAAUGUACAAAAUAAGACUAUAAUAAACACUUUUGUAUUGUGUGCUGCUCCUGAGCUGCUGACAGGUUAGCUGCACACAUCACUGAUAAAUAAAAAACGCCUCUCGUUUUGGGAGUCCUUCGCUGCAAGUCAUAUAUCCUUUUCUCUGUAUUAUUUCUUUAUAAUAGCUUUCUGCUAUUAUGUGCAUGAAAUCUGCGGUAUUCUGAAAAUAAAACAGUUGACAGAUA